AUGAAUCAACCGAGCCGCGCCGAUCGGUUCGUCCUGCCCGAGGGCGAGCGCAAGCUGUCGUACGAGCGCGACACCAAGGUGGAGAACGCGGGGACGUUCGUGCUGCAGCGCGAGGACCACACGAUUGGAAAUUUGUUGCGAAUGGAGCUGCACAAGAACCCCGACGUGGUGUUCGCCGGGUACAAGAACCCUCACCCGACGGAUCAUAGAAUCGUGCUCAAGGUGCACACGAACGCGAAUACGACGCCGGUGCAGGCGCUGAGGGAUGCGGUGACUAAUUUGCGAGCGGAGGUGGGCGAUUUGUCGCAACAGUUUGCGGAUGAGAUUAACGCGCUUCGACGCGAAUAA